AUGCCACCCUUUGAACUUCAACAAGAGGUACUGCCACUUCAGUUGCCAAUCCAACCCUUGAAUAUUUCACGACGUCGCACCUCCCGCACUGUGUCUCGAUCAGAUGCUUUAGCUGCCGUCGCCAAUAGUAUUGCUAUCAAUCCCACGACAAGUAGAGAUGGGUUUGUCAUUGGCAAUGAAAUAGACCCGAAAUAUAUCAACAAUAACGCCUCAAGCACAUUAUCGUCACCAACUACAAGCUAUGGUCCUGAAUCUACAGCGGUAGCAACAUCGGUCGUAGACUCCAAAGAUGCUUAUAUCUCUCCAUUAGCUUGGCUCUCACGAGUGAUCACAAAGGCUGGCCAAGAUGAACGGCUCCAUUAUCAUUCUAAUGGUCAACAUCAUCACCACCAUCAUCAUCACUGUCAUCACCGGAGUCAUGUCAUUGAGAAGGAGGCAACAAAUUUACCACUCAAGAGGCAACUUUUCACCAAGGCCACUGUUGUUACUUUGGAGAAGAAAUACGCAACUGUCCACUGGGCUGCUGAAUUUUAUUGUACUAUUAGUUCGCCGUUCUUUGCACUACCUGUUCUUUUGUACUUGGACCCCGCUUUUCGAUGGUCUGCACCAGAUAUCCAUGCCACUCAUUUUGCCAUCUUCCUUGCUGUUGUAACUGCACUCACGUCGACAUUAUACCAUGCUACCCUCUAUAAGCUUUUUUCUUCGCUCGACGCUUGCUUUGCGACUAUCAUGUUCUAUACCAACACUAUCUCUUUACUCCGAUCCUUACCUGACCCUUAUGCUUUGAUGCUUCCAGACCUCAUCUCAACAAUCGUUCAUUGGUAUUGGACUCCAUAUAUCAUGAGUACAUGUAUGGUCACACUAUUUCUCUUUUCAUGGAGAAGAACCGCCAUGCUAUCGUUGCUUCUCAUGAUCCUCAUGAUCCCAGCUUCCGUCUGGGGAUUUGUUGCACAUGAAUCAUGGGCAGGGCUGGCUUUUGGAUUGGUGGGCCUCUCCAUGUUUGCUGCUGAUCGACUCCGUUUGUUCUGUGGCCAUUCCUAUUGGCACCUUGCUGGUGGCUUGAGUCUGUGGUAUGGCAUUUCAAGCAGCGCUCUCUCGCCAAAAUGA